CUUAAAAUCGCUAACUUGAGGAUGGAAAAAGACAUCUGCACUUAUGUCACAUAACACAAGACUGAGUUGAAUGAGGAACAACGCGGUGGGCUUUACACGUGCAUGUUGCCGGUCUUUGUGUUGUAGGCUACCCUUACUGACUAAAUGGCUGAUAUUACAAGCUUUCAUUGAACAUCGCGAAUCAUUAUUCAUUAACCAGACACUCAGGGAGUUAAUUGUCUGAUCGUUAGGACUUUUCUUUUAAAACCUGGGGACCAUUUACUCUGGGCUCAUUGAACGGAAUCAAUACAAUGUGUCACAUUUUUACGGGAUUUGUUUUUUUUCCGGAUGUAGGAUGAUGUGAUAUGAAAAAACCAUCACUGUUAUUCUCAUCGCUAAUAAGCCACGAUGGAGGUCGUUGCCGAACAUUUAGAGAGACCCUCUGAUGAGAAAGAUUAUGCUCUGAAACCCUUAGAUUUCAAAGUAAUCGCCGAGAAGAGUGUGGAUGCACAGGCGCAGAGACCCACAUGGAGUGGGCGGCUGGAGUUCAUCCUGGCAUCGGUGGGGUACGCGGUGGGACUGGGCAAUGUCUGGAGGUUCCCCUACCUGUGUUACAGCAGCGGUGGAGGUGCAUUCCUGAUCCCUUAUCUCACCAUGGUGCUCCUGUGUGGCAUUCCUCUGCUCUACAUGGAGUUUUCUAUUGGGCAGUACACUCGUUUAGGGCCAGUGCAUGCUCUCGCCAAAAUCUGUCCCUUGCUCAAAGGUGUUGGCCUGGCCACUGUUGUUAUCUCCUUCGUGUUCUCCACGUACUACAAUGUGCUCAUGAGCUGGGCACUGUUUUAUUUCUUCAACUCGUUCCAAGCGACCCUCCCGUGGACUUCGUGCAACAACACCUGGAACGCCGUCGAAAACUGUUCCAGUGGUUUCCCCGGCAACACCAGCCUCCUGCAGUCUUCCAGCCAACAGUUCUUUGAUCACAGACUUCUGCAGAAAACUAGUGGCAUUGAAGACAUUGGUGGCAUUCGCUGGGAACUCUUUGGCUAUCUCAUUAUUUCCUGGGUCAUUGUGUAUUUAUGCAUAUUUAAAGGAGUCAGGUCCACUGGCAAGGUUGUGUAUUUCACCGCCGUAUUUCCGUACUUCAUUCUGUUUGCCCUGCUUAUUAACAAUGUGCAGCUUCCUGGAGCUAAGAAUGGUAUCCUCUACUUUGUGACACCUGUCUGGAGCAAACUGUUUCAAGUGAAGGUUUGGGUAAAUGCUGCUGCCCAGGUGUUUAACUCCAUUGGAAUAGCAUUUGGCUCCAUGAUUUCAAUGGCUAGUUACAACAAGUUCAACAACAACGUUCUCAGGGAUGCUUUAAUUGUAUCAUUUACCAACUCAUUCACUAGUAUCCUGGCUGGCUUUGUAAUCUUCUCAGCGAUUGGCUACAUGGCUCAUAUACAUAACCUCCCAGUGGACAACAUAGCUACAGAUGGUCCUGGUUUGGUGUUUGUUGUGUACCCUGAAGUCCUCUCCACUAUGCCCAUCUAUCAGCUGUGGGCCCCUCUGUUCUUCUUCAUGCUGCUGUGUCUGGGCCUAGACAGCCAGUUUGCCACAGUUGAAGUGGCUAUAACGUUCAUUAAAGACGAGUUUGGCCCCCAAGUUCUGCGUUUCCUAAAGAGAGAAGAGCUGCUGACCCUGGCUGUGUGCAUCGUUGGCUUUGCCCUGGGGAUCCCUCAUAUAACCAAGGGAGGUGUCUAUGUGUUUCAGCUGAUGGACCACUACACGGCUGUGGUUUCCCUCGUCUUCCUGGCUUUCUUUGAAGUUGUCGCGGUCUGCUGGAUCUUUGGUGUCCCACGUAUCUGCUUAAUGAUCAAGAGGAUGCAGGGAAAUACUCCAAACAUCUACUUUCGUCUCUGUUGGUGGCUGCUAUGUCCGCUACUGGUGCUGUGUAUACUGAUCUCCAGCAUCGUCCAGUACACUCCUGCUCACUACGGGAAGUACUCCUACCCAGGGUGGGCUGAAGGUCUGGGCUGGGGCGUCUCUCUGUUAUCCAUUGUGUGGAUCCCACUUGGAGCCAUUCAAGAGAUCUAUAGCAACAAAGGCUCACUUCUUCAGAGAAUUAAAACAGCUAUGAUUUCCAAAAUAGACCUGGAUGAUGAUGAUCCCCUGCCGGAAAAACAAAACCAUGACAACCCGGCUUCUGAAACCUUGUUUACUUCAGUGGCAUGACCAGGAAUACAGCUCAGGCCAUGUCUGUGUGUUUAUACAUACCGAACCCUGUGUGGAAUAAACCGUAUUUACACUGUCAUACACAAGUUUCAUCAUAAACUUAUGAUUUUAUGCUAUUUGUUUUACCAAAGGACAGUUACUUUACUGUAUCCACUGCACAUUUGUAGUACUUUAAAAGCUCAAGCUGCAGUUGACUUCAACAGCAUGAAAACAUCUUUUGUACCUUAUACAAAGUGUAUAAUGCAUGAGAUCAGAGAUUUUGGACCCCAAUUAAAGGUUAAUUUUAUUUAGGUAUGAGUGAUUGUUGGUUGUUUAAUCAGUAAACAAUGACUUUUGUUUUAGCUUAGUACAUUAGGCUGAAUCCUUGAUGAAGAGGCCUGUCCUGUUGGAAAGUCUCCUCCAUGACACAACAGCAAAGGUUAAAUAGAUAUAUUUUACUGUUACCCUUUAACACUGUUUGGUAGAUGUCUGUCUUGUGAAACAGAAUCCAUUUAAAUUACAAACUUAUGGUACAAAGGUACAAACUUAAAAAUGUUUGACUUUACGAUUGACGUUGAAUGCCUGAAUGGAUCAUUAGUUUUGACCUCUGAGUGGAGGAGCAGGUUCAGGCAGUCGGCACAUGUUAGGAUCCAGCCUCUGAACCAGGACACAGCUGGUAUCCCUGCCUGAAAAGAAGGGAGAUGCAGGGACACUUAGGUGUUUGUGUUGGAAUUUUAGCAUUUCAACUUUCCAGUGCCUAUCCUUCACAUAAAGUGGAAAACCUUGAACACGUAUAAGCAGAGAAGUUUAAAUAAAAACUAAAACAGAACCAGACAAAUACCAUUUAUGUUCAAAUGACAGACAUACAAGCAUUUUAAUUGUACAUUUCUCUGAAAUGCACUAUUGCAUUGCACUAUGCACUAUUUAGAAGGGUUUUUUUCAAUGCAAUUUGCUGUACAUUUUUUGAGGAAUGAGUUAACAUUAUUUUUCAGCGAUGCGUUUCGCAUUAUUUUUAUUUAAUCUUGGAGCAGGCAACUUGCAAGAGUUUCAGAGAUUAUCAAUGGAGCCUUUGAUCUGCUUUCAUAAAGCUGAAUUGGGCUAAUGAGGGUAGAUAAUCUUGAGGAUGACGACACUUAUCUGGCAACUCUCCAUUCAGAGUAUCAUAUUGUAUUGACCCAAAAACCUGCCGUUAGUCACUGACGGAGAAGGAAGCCAAAAAGUUCACAUGGGUUGAUAUAUAAUUUAUUUAACUCAAGCUUUGAGAUUUCUUUUUAAAUUAUUGACCUCCUGUCUCAACGUCUAAGAGUUUAAAGUGAGAUUGUACCAGAUCUAAAUUAUGGAAAAAAAGGUUUAGUCCGUGUUGGAAGAGUACACUUUGGGUUAAUAUAUGAUGUAGAUGAACUACCUCAACUGGAAUUGACCAGAAGAGAUUGUCCUAAAUGUUGUGCCCUACAUUGCGUUCUUGGCCUUUUUCGGUCUUACUAGGUAGCUUAUCAAACAUCUUCAUUCAGGAGUGCCUUUUAUCCAAAGUACUGAAAACAUGCUCUACUAUAAAAUGCUCAAACCCCCCGAAUAUGACUUUAAAAUGACGCAAGCAACAGUUUAAUACAUCUUUCUCAACAAUGAUGCAUGCAUUUUACACCCGGUAAUGAUUUAAAGGUGGAAAUGCUGUCACUUCUGUUUUGUAUUUGUUUUCUUACUUGUGCAAGAAACUAACAUGUAAAGAAUAAGUAAUCUGAGGCUUCACAAGAGAAGCAUCAUGGAAGUUAAUGUUAAGUGCCUUUCAAGAAAAUGUUUUGUUUUUAAAUGAUUUAUAUUGAAUUUGACAACCAAAAAUGUAAUUUAAGAUACAUGUUACAUGUAUAACUAUAUAUAUGAGUCACUGUUUACACUUUUUAGUAACUGGACUUUUAUGAACUAAAUACAGAUUGUUUAGAUCUUGUUUAGAAGUUGGGCAACCAUGGUUCAUGUGCUGACAAUGUUGGUUUUCAUGUCACCCGAACUGCUGAUUUCACUGAUGUUAGUUUCAGAUGAUCCUCUCAAUCAGUGAGGUCAGCUGCUGCAGUUUGUGAUUGCUGAUUGAAAACUCUCUUUGCUCCAUGAAACAAGCCUGCUCAUCCCUUCUUUCAAAUAUUCUCUAUGUUACACAAGCACAUUUUAAACGAGUGACUCAGUGCUGUUAUGUUAGUUGAAGCGUUUUCAUGGUGAUCUGUCUGCAGUGAAACCGUCAGUGUUCUCACACUCACACACUGUGACCGUGCUGAUCAGACUUUAUGCAAAACAACUAUAUGUUUGUAAAUUGAGAUGGAUUUCUCAUGUCUGUGUUUGUUAAACGGAAAUCUGCAAAUCUCGUUGCCAAAAUGAAUGUUUAUUUCAGUUAAUAUGUUGAAUUUUUCCUACUAUUAAAAAAAACAAUAAUAAAAAAAAAAAAAUGUUGCUGUUGAUCGUGUUGAUUUAUGGUGUCUAAACAUUUUGUUCAAUAAAAAGCCUUCAUUUUU